AUGGCGAGCGUAUGGGGCAAACCAGGUGCUUGGGCCUUGGAUUCCGAGGAAAACGAGGCGGACCUCCUCCACCAACACAAACAAGAUUCUAUCGACGGACACUCUAUGGGAAGCGCCGAUGAGGCGUCAGAUUUCCCAUCCCUUGCCGCCGCCGCGGCGACAAAGACCAAGAAAAAGAAGAAGGGCCAAACAGUGUCUCUACAGGAAUUCACCAGUUACAGUGCCAACAAGGGCCCUACUCCUGAUGUGCUUUUAAAUCUCCCCACCGCACCCCGCCAGCGCUCAGCAGAGGAGCUUGAUCGAAACCAGCUAGGUGGAGGAUUUAAAUCUUAUGGGUCUUCGUAUGACCGGCCGGCUAGGGUUGAGCAGCAUCGUCGACAGGGAAGCUUUGGUGGUGAUUCGAAUCGAGAUUUUGCGCCUUCUCGGGCUGACGAGACGGACAAUUGGGCUGCGGGGAAGAAAUCGAUCGUUAACGAUGGAUUUGAUGGAAGAAGGAGAGGAGAUAGAGGAGGGUUUUUCUCUGAUUCGCAAAAUAGGGCUGACGAGUCCGACAAUUGGGGUUCCAAGAAGACCUGUAUGCCCACUGAGCCUCGAAGAUUUGAAAAAAGAGGUGGCUUUGGAUUUGAAUCCAAUAACGGCGGUGCUGAUUCGGAUAGCUGGGCCAGGAAAAGGGAGGAGGGACGGAGAAUUGGUGGAGCAUUUGAUAGUUUGAGAGAUAGAAAGGGAGGUUUUGAAUUGAACAGCCCCGAUUCUGAAACUUGGGGCAGGAAAAGAGAAGAGGGGACUGAAGUGAGUGCCAGUAGGCCGAGGUUGAAUUUAAAGCCAAGAACACUGCCAGUGGGUGAAGGACAGAAGAGUGAAAAUGGGAAUGUAGUGAAGCCCAAGGGGAAUAAUCCAUUUGGAGAGGCGAGGCCGAGGGAGGAGGUGUUGAAGGAGAAGGGGCAAGAUUUGAAAGAGAUUAAGGAGAAGCUAGAGAGUACAAAGAUUAAGGAGGUUGCUCCAGGGUCCCCUAAUGGUCUGGCAGCCUCGAAGAGAAGCUCUUGGAUUGGGAAUGGGAGGGAGAGGUUGCAUCAAGAGGAUAGAGCUGAGAAGACUUGGAGGAAGCCUGAGUCUGUAAAUUCUCGUCCCCGGAGGUUGGUGAAUUAG